CCCGGGGCAGACAGGAGGGGAAGAUGAGUUUGUACGGGUCGCAGAAGGGGCUGCAUACCCUCCGCGGGGCCGGGUCCAAAGGUGAUCUGACCGCCGGAGGGACCUUCUAUGCGCGCAGCGAGGUGGUGCACAGCGGCGGUAAUGGAUACGGGCCUCCGGACCCCUACAUGGACGGAUACAACUACACCUUUACAAGGACCUCCGUCGGGGGCGGAAUGGGAGGCGGAAUGGUCAGCGGACAGAGUGCCUCCUCCCUUAAUGCCAUUCACCAGAGGGCUUUCAUCCUGCAAGGCCAGUGCCAGGAUUACCUGAAAAAGGCUGAAUAUGCCCUUCAGUCUGGCAAUGCCAACGGCGAUGCAGAGCGCUACAUGGCAAUGGGAAAAGAGACCCUAGAGCAGCUGAGGAGCUGUGCUAUGGACCUGAGACAGAUGGGUCAGCCAAAUGACAACGUAGUCCGGACUAUGGAGAUGUGCAGGGACCAGCUGAAGGGGGUCCACAUGGCCAUGACUGGAUCCAUGCCGAGGAGGAGCCGGGGCAGCAGAGGGAGUGCUGGAGGCUGGGAAGACCCUGGAAGAAAUUUCCACGAGGCUUUUGCUUGGAUUGGACAGCAGAAGCGACUGAUUGAGACUGCUUCCUGGGGAGAUGAUCCUGUCGCCAUCGAGCAGCAGCUCAUCAGCCACCAAAAGUACCACAGCUCCAUCCAGAGGAGCUCUGAGGUGGACCGCGCCAGGGAUGAACUGGUUAAGAAAGGAGACAAGGCCAGUCUUCAUGCUCUGGAACAGGAAUGGGACAGUCUACAGAAAAUGUCAUAUGGUCGGACACAACAGCUGCGAGAGCUGCGAGAGAUCAUUGAGGAAAUCUCCAGGGAGAUCAUGUGGGUGAAUGACAGGGAGGAGGAGGAGCUGGUCUUCGACUGGGGAGACAAGAAAAUCGACCAGUACAUCCCACAGAAGCAGGAGAGCUACUCGAAACUGAUGAGUGCUUUGGAGGACAAGGAGAAGGACCUGAACAAACUUAAAAACAAAGUGGAUGCCAUCCUGAAGAACAAUCACCCAGCCUCAGAUAAGAUCGAGGCUUACAUGGACACUUUGCAGACUCAGUGGAGCUGGCUUCUUCAAAUCACCAAGUGCAUUGAUGUUCAUCUGAAGGAGAAUGCAGCUUACAGCCAGUUCUUCAAAGAGGCCAAUGAGACAUACACUGCACUUCAGAAGGAACAUGAAACAGUGCGUAAGAAGUUCACCUGUGACAAGAACACAGCCCUGGAAAACCUUCUGGACCUCCUCAGGGAAUUGGAAAAAGAGAAGGAGAAGGUCAUGGAAAACAAAAGGCAGGUCCAACACCUGGUCAACAAGUCCAAGAGCAUUGUGAGGCUGAAACCCAGAAAUCCGGAGGAGAAGAGCAGUAGUCCUGUCAUAGUCAAGGCCCUGUGUGACUUCAAGCAAGACCAGAAGGUGAUUGGUAAGGGCAAUGAGGGAAUCCUGAAGGACAACAGCCAACGCAGCAAAUGGCAGGUGAUGGGCCCUGGAGGGCUGGAAAUGUUGGUGCCCUCUGUCUGCCUGCUCAUACCACCACCCAAUCCGCUCAGCAUCAGCCUGGCAAAUAAGAAUGAGCAGUACUUUGAGGCCAUUCUGUCGAUAUGGAACCAGUUCCACAUCAACAUUAAGAGUCUCAUUGCCUGGCAGUACUGUCUCCUGGACAUCAAACGCAUCAACUCCCUCACCAUCACCAUGUUGGCUCGAAUGCGCCCUGAGGAGUACCACAAAAUUAUCAAGAACCUUGAGUCUCACUACGAGGAGUUCAAGCUAGCCUCUUAUGGCUCCCAGAUGUUUGUUGAUGAGGACAAGAGGAGCCUUGAGAACCAGUACACUGGAGCCCAGGCCCACUAUGACCAACUGGUGGUGCAGCUGCCUGCUUACAUUGAGCAGCAAGGACAAAUAGAAGCCCAGCAGGCUGAGCAGCAACGCCAACAACAGCUGAUUAUUAUACAGCAGCAGCAGGCCGAGCAGCAACGCCAACAACAGCUGAUUAUUCUACAGCAGCAGCAAGAAGAGGAAAGAAGGAGGGCAGAAGUGAAAAAAAUGGAAGUGAAGAAAGUAGAAGCAAAGAAAGAGUUAGCAAAUAAAGAGCAGGUGAUCAAGAGGGAGGUGGUGAAAGUGGUCAAGACAGAGCCAGUCAAGAAAAAGGUAGUGGUGUCUACCUCCCACAGCUUAUCAGAGCUGCACACUCUCAGACUGAGACUGGAGGCGGCUGAAGAUGCACUGACUCAGCACGUCCACAUCUGUCUGGGAGAUGAUGGGACACACGACUGUGGCCUCAGGAUUGUACAGUUGGAGACAGUGCAGCAUGACAUCGACUCUAUACGUGCGGAGUACUUGCGUCUGAAAGAGCAGAUUUUGAAGGAGCUGGAGGGCAUGAAUGAUUCAGACAAAGCCCAAUUCCUCCGCAGUGAGAUUGGUGUAAUCAACCAAAGACUAGGCAGUCUAGAGAGCAGCUCAUCAGCCUACCUACAGAGGCUACGGGCAAUGAGGGAUCUAUUGGAGAGUAUAGGACGAGCUGAGGAUAUAGUGAAAGUUCAUGAGGCCAGAUUGACAGAGAAGGAGACCACCUCCCUGUCGCCUGCUGAAGUGGAAGAGUACAUGUUGGCUCUAAAGAACAUGAAGGUAGAGUUGGACCUGAAGAGGGAUGUUCUUGCCUCUAUGGAAGCAGAGCUGGGCAAAGCGGACCAUUGGAAUGGCCAGGUGUGCGGGCCUUACCACAGAUGUGACAUGAUGCUUUGUAAAUACAGUGAGCAGGUUGGCCUGUUGUCAGACCGCUGGAAACGCAUCCAGAGCCAAAUUAACACAAGACUUAUUGAUCUGGAAUCCUAUCUGCCUCAGCUGCAGCACUACAAGCAAACUAGCGCUUCCCUCAGUGAGUGGAUUACUGCCACACGGAAGAGACAGGAUAGCCUUCAGGCCAACAAGAUAGGAGACCUCCAAACUCUGAAUGAACAUAUAAACAGUCAGAAGGCACUGAAUACAGAGAUCAAAGGGAAGAGGGACACAGUUGAGAGUGUGCUUAGGGAUAAUGAGACCUGUGUGAACUUUAUCAAGGACCAUGAAGUGGCCCUUGCCUCAUACAGCUCUGGUUUAGAGACUCUGCUCAACAUCCCUAUCAAGAGGACCAUGCUGAAGUCUCCCUCUAUGGAUCUUACUCAGGAGGCUACACUGCUACAAACACGUUACAUGGAGUUGCUCACCCUAUCUGGUGACUACUACAAAUACUUGGGAGAAAUGGUGAAAAACAUGGAGCAGCUCAAGAUUCGUAACACUAGGAUUGAUCUGUUAGAAGAAGAGCUUCGUCUGCUCAAGGAGGACAUCAAAGACCACGGUGCCAAGAACCGUUCACUGGAAGAGGAAAUUGCACGGUACCAACUGGAGCUAUCCCAGUCACAGGACCAGCUCCUGUCAGUGGAGGAGGUGAAAAGAAACACAGCUCUGCAAUGCAGUGCCACCCAGGAGAGCCUUGACUCCACUCACAGCCAACUAGCAGAACUCAAUGACCAGGUGGCUCGCCUCAACUACUUGAUUGAAGAGGAAAAGAGGAAGAAAAGGUUGGCAGAGGAGCGCUACUCACAGCAGCAGCAGGAGUAUGAGACGGUGCUGAGGAAGAGGCAGAAGGAGCUGGAAGGGGUCAACUGGGCCAAGAUGGAGGUGGAGAAAAGUAUUGUAGAUAGAGAGCGUGAGGUUGAACAGUUGCGUCGGCAGCUAGCUGAGGAAGUAUCAAGGAAUAAGGAGCUGCAGUUGGAGAUGACUAAGUAUGACUUGGAGAAGGAUCGACUGGAACGGGAAAGGAGCUCUCUGAAAAAUGAGGUAGACAGGCUGAUGAGGGAGCUUAGGGAGACUACUAUUGUCAGACAAACCAUGGAAACUGAGUUGAAGAGCAGUAGAGAACCUCAAACCUUGGACCCCUCCACCCUGGUUUUUGAUGGUGUACGCAAACCUGUUACUGCAGAGCAGUUGCAUGACUGUGGUGUUUUGGACAAGCCAAUAUUUAAUCAACUUGUGAAGGGGCAUAAGACUGUCCCUGAUGUGUCUGUUGAAAAAAGGGUCACACUAAAAGGGACUGGACCAAUAGCUGGAGUGGUAGUUGAAGGUCUAAAAGGCACAGCGUCUGUUUCUGGACCCCAGUACAAAAUGUCCCUCACAGAUGCCAAGAAAAAGAAUCUCUUGCCACCAGAUAGUGCUGAUCUGUUACUGGAUGCUCAGGCUGCCACAGGCCACAUCAUUGAUCCCAUAACCAAUCAGAAGUUGACAGUGCAGGAGGCAUGUAAUCAAGGUGUAGUGGAUGAGGCAGACCGCGAGAGGUUGCUGGCAGCAGAGGCUGCUGCUGUGGGAUACCGUGACCGUGUUACAGGUAAACCCUUGUCAGUAUUUCAGGCCAUGAAGAAAGGACUGACAGACAAAAACACAGCACUGCGUCUGCUGCAGGCCCAGGAGUCUGUGGGAGGUAUUCUAGAUCCAAUUCUCAGCGUGUUUCUCCCCAAAGACACUGCCAUGGAGCGUGAUCUAAUUGAUGAGGACAUGUGUCGUGCUCUGAAACAGAGGCCUGAACUCUAUCUGGAUCCAGUAAGUGAGCAGGGUGUCACUUAUUUGUCAAUGAAGAGGAGAUGUAAGACAGAGCCUCACACAGGUCUUCUGCUUCUUCCUGUCCCGGAGAAGCUAGACCCCUCUAAAUUGGUCUUUGAUGGUGUUCGAAAGCCAGUCACAGCUAAGCAGUUGCUUGAUUGCAGUGUCCUUGACAAGCCAACAUUUAAUCAACUAGAAAAAGGAGAGAAAACUGUCCCAGAGGUGUCUGUGGACAAAAAGGUCAGCCUUAAGGGUACUGGCCCAAUAGCUGGAGUAGUGGUUGAAGGUCUGAAAAGUAUGGGGUCUGUUUCUGGGCCGCAGUGCAAAAUGUCCCUCACAGAAGCCAAGAAAAAGAAUCUCCUGUCACCAGAUAGUGCUGAUCUGCUACUGGAUGCUCAGGCUGCCACAGGCCACAUCAUUGAUCCCACAACCAAUCAGAAGUUGACAGUGGAGGAGGCAUGUAAUCAAAGUGUAGUGGAUGAGGCAGACCGAGAGAGGUUGCUGGCAGCAGAAGCUGCUGCUGUGGGAUACCGUGACCGUGUUACAGGUAAACCUUUGUCAGUAUUUCAGGCCAUGAAGAAAGGACUGACAGACAAAAACACAGCACUGCGUCUGCUGCAGGCCCAGGAGUCUGUGGGAGGCAUUCUAGAUCCCACUCUAAGUGUGUUCCUUCCGAAAGACACUGCCAUGCAGCGUGAUCUAAUUGAUGAGGACAUGUGCCAUGCUCUGAAACAGAGACCUGAACUCUAUCUGGAACCAGAAGGUGAGCAGGGUGUCACUUAUUUGUCUAUGAAGAGGAGAUGUAAGACAGAGCCUCACACAGGCCUUCUGCUUCUCCCUGUUCCUGAGAAGAUAGACUCCUCCAAAUUGGUCUUUGAUGGUGUUCGAAAGCCAGUCACAGCUAAGCAAUUGCUUGAUUGUGGUGUUGUGGACAAGCCAACAUUUAACCAGCUGGAAAAAGGGGAGAAAACUGUCCCAGAGGUGUCUGUGGACAAAAAGGUCAGCCUUAAGGGUACUGGACCAAUAGCUGGAGUAGUAGUUGAGGGUUUGAAAGGUCUGACAUCCAUUUCUGGACCACAGUGCAAAAUGUCCCUCACAGAAGCAAAGAAAAAGAAUCUCCUGUCACCAGACAGUGCUGAUCUGCUACUGGAUGCUCAGGCUGCCACAGGCCACAUCAUUGAUCCCAUAACUAAUCAGAAGUUGACAGUAGAGGAGGCAUGUAAUCAAGGUGUAGUGGAUGAGGCAGACCGAGAGAGGUUGCUGGCAGCAGAGGCUGCUACUGUGGGAUACCGUGCCACAGGUAAACCCUUGUCAGUAUUUCAGGCCAUGAAGAAAGGACUGACAGACAAAAACACAGCACUGCGUCUGCUGCAGGCCCAGGAGUCUGUGGGAGGCAUUCUAGAUCCAACUCUCAGUGUGUUCCUCCCUAAAGACACUGCCAUGCAGCGUGAUCUAAUUGAUGAGGACAUGUGUCGUGCUCUGAAUCAGAGGCCUGAGCUCUAUCUGGACCCAGAAAGUGAGCAGGGUGUCACUUAUGUGUCAAUGAAGAGGAGAUGUAAGACAGAGCCUCACACUGGCCUUCUGCUUCUCCCUGUUCCUGAGAAGCUGGACCCCUCUAAAUUGGUCUUUGAUGGUGUUCGAAAGCCAGUCACAGCUAAGCAGCUGCUUGAUUGCAGUGUCCUGGACAAGCCAACAUUUAAUCAACUAGAAAAAGGGGAUAAAACUGUCCCAGAGGUGUCUGUGGACAAAAAGGUCAGCCUUAAGGGUACUGGCCCAGUAGCUGGAGUAUUGGUUGAAGGUUUGAAAGGUACAGGAUCUAUUUCUGGGCCGCAAUGCAAAAUGUCCCUCACAGAAGCCAAGAAGAAGAAUCUCCUGUCAUCAGAUAGUGCUGAUCUGCUACUGGAUGCCCAGGCUGCCACAGGCCACAUCAUUGAUCCCACAACUAAUCAGAAGUUGACAGUGCAGGAGGCAUGUAAUCAAGGUGUUGUAGAUGAGGCAGAUCGAGAGAGGUUGCUGGCAGCAGAGGCUGCUGCUGUGGGAUACUGUGACCGUGUCACAGGUAAAACCUUGUCAGUAUUUCAGGCCAUGAAGAAAGGACUUAUUGAUAAGAACACAGCACUGCGUCUGCUGCAGGCCCAGGAGUCUGUGGGAGGUAUUCUAGAUCCAACUCUCAGCGUGUUUCUCCCCAAAGACACUGCCAUGCAGCGUGAUCUAAUUGAUGAGGACAUGUGUCAUGCUCUGAAACAGAGGCCUGAACUCUAUCUAGAUCCAGAAAAUGAGGACAGUAUCACUUACUUGUCAGUAAAAAGAAGAUGUAAGACAGAGCCUCACACAGGUCUUCUGCUCCUUCCAGUUCCUGAGAAGAUAGACUCCUCCAAAUUGGUCUUUGAUGGUGUUCGAAAGCCAGUCACAGCUAAGCAGUUGCUUGACUGCGGUGUCCUUGACAAGCCAACAUUAAACCAGCUGGAAAAGGGGGAGAAAACUGUUCCAGAGGUGUCUGUAGACAAAAAGGUCAAUCUUAAGGGUACUGGACCAAUAGCUGGAGUAUUGGUUGAAGGUCUGAAGGGUCCUGGAUCUAUUUCUGGACGACAGUGCAAAAUGUCCCUUACAGAGGCCAAGAAAAAGAAUCUCUUACCAUCAAAUAUUGCUGACCUGCUACUGGAUGCUCAGGCUGCCACAGGCCACAUCAUUGAUCCCGCAACAAAUCAGAAGUUUCCCGUAGACGAGGCAUGUACUCGAGGUGUAGUGGAUAAGAUGGACCAACAGAGGUUGCUGACAGCAGAAGCUGCUGCUGUGGGAUACCGUAAUGAUGCCUCAGGUACACCCUUGUCAGUAUUUCAAGCCAUGAAGAAAGGACUUAUUGACAAGAACAUAACACUGCGUCUGCUGCAGGCCCAGGAGUCUGUGGGAGGCAUUCUAGAUCCCAUCCUUAGUGUGUUUCUCCCCAAAGACACUGCCAUUCAGCGUGAUCUAAUUGAUGAGGACAUAUGUCGUGCUCUGAAUCAGAGACCUGAGCUCUAUUUGGAUCCAGAAAGUGAGCAGGGUGCCACUUACCUGUCAUUGAAGAGGAGAUGUAAGACAGAGCCCCACACAGGCCUUCUGCUUCUUCCUGUCCCGGAGAAGCUAGACUCCUCCAAAUUGGUCUUUGAUGGUGUUCGAAAACCAGUCACAGCUAAGCAGUUGCUUGAUUGCGGUGUCCUAGACAAGCCAACAUUUAACCAACUAGAAAAGGGGGAGAAAACAAUCCCAGAGGUGUCUGUAGACAAAAAGGUCACUCUUAAGGGUACUGGACCAAUAGCUGGAGUAUUGGUUGAAGGUUUGAAAGGUACAGGAUCCAUUUCUGGGCCGCAAUGCAAGAUUUCCCUCACAGAAGCAAAGAAAAAGAAUCUCUUGCCAUCAAAUAUUGCUGACUUGCUACUGGAUGCUCAGGCUGCCACAGGCCACAUAAUUGAUCCCACAAUUAAUCAGAAGUUGACAGUAGACGAGGCAUGUAAUCAAGGUGUUGUAGAUGAGGCAGACCGAGAGAGGUUGCUGGCAGCAGAGGCUGCUGCUGUGGGAUACCGUGACCGUGCCACAGGUAAACCCUUGUCAGUAUUUCAGGCCAUGAAGAAAGGACUGACAGACAAAAACACAGCACUGCGUCUGCUGCAGGCCCAGGAGUCUGUGGGUGGUAUUCUAGAUCCUAUCCUCAGUGUGUUUCUCCCCAAAGACACUGCCAUGCAGUGUGAUCUAAUUGAUGAGGACACGUGUCGUGCUCUGAAUCAGAGGCCCGAGCUCUAUCUGGAUCCAGAAAGUGAGAAGAGUGUCCCUUACUUGUCAAUAAAAAGAAAAUGUAAGACAGACCCUCACACAGGUCUUCUGCUCCUUCCAGUUCCUGAAAAGAUAGACUCCUCCAAAUUGGUCUUUGAUGGUGUUCGAAAGCCAGCCACAGCUAAGCAGUUGCUUGACUGCGGUGUCCUAGACAAGCCAACAUUUAACCAGCUGGAAAAAGGGGAGAAAACUGUUCCAGAGGUGUCUGUAGACAAAAAGGUCAAUCUUAAGGGUACUGGACCAAUAGCUGGAGUAUUGGUUGAAGGUCUGAAGAGUCCUGGAUCUAUUUCUGGACGACAGUGCAAAAUGUCCCUUACAGAAGCUAAGAAAAAGAAUCUCCUACCAUCAAAUAUUGCUGACCUGCUACUGGAUGCUCAGGCUGCCACAGGCCACAUCAUCGAUCCUGCAACAAAUCAGAAGUUGACAGUAGAUGAGGCAUGUACUCGAGGUGUAGUGGAUAAGAUGGACCAACAGAGGUUGCUGACAGCAGAAGCUGCUGCUGUGGGAUACCGUAAUGAUGCCUCAGCUACACCCUUAUCAGUAUUUCAGGCCAUGAAAAAAGGACUUAUUGACAAGAACACAACACUGCGUCUGCUGCAGGCCCAGGAGUCUGUGGGAGGCAUUCUGGAUCCCAUUGUUAGUGUGUUCCUCCCCAAAGAUGCUGCCAUGCAGCGUGAUCUAAUUGAUGAGGACAUUUGUCGUGCUCUGAAUCAGGGGCCUGAGCUCUAUCUGGAUCCAGAAAGUGAGAGGAGUGUCCCUUACUUGUCAAUAAAAAGAAAAUGUAAGACAGAGCCUCACACAGGUCUUCUGCUCCUUCCAGUUCCUGAAAAGAUAGACUCCUCCAAAUUGGUCUUUGAUGGUGUUCGAAAGCCAGUCACAGCUAAGCAGUUGCUUGACUGCGGUGUCCUUGACAAGCCAACAUUUAGCCAGCUGGAAAAGGGGGAGAAAACUGUUCCAGAGGUGUCUGUAGACAAAAAGGUCAAUCUUAAGGGUACUGGACCAAUAGCUGGAGUAUUGAUUGAAGGUCUGAAGGGUCCUGGAUCUAUUUCUGGACGACAGUGCAAAAUGUCCCUUACAGAAGCUAAGAAAAAGAAUCUCCUACCAUCAAAUAUUGCUGACCUGCUACUGGAUGCUCAGGCUGCCACAGGCCACAUCAUCGAUCCUGCAACAAAUCAGAAGUUGACAGUAGACGAGGCAUGUACUCGAGGUGUAGUGGAUAAGAUGGACCAACAGAGGUUGCUGACAGCAGAAGCUGCUGCUGUGGGAUACCGUAAUGAUGCCUCAGCUACACCCUUAUCAGUAUUUCAGGCCAUGAAAAAAGGACUUAUUGACAAGAACACAACACUGCGUCUGCUGCAGGCCCAGGAGUCUGUGGGAGGCAUUCUGGAUCCCAUUGUUAGUGUGUUCCUCCCCAAAGAUGCUGCCAUGCAGCGUGAUCUAAUUGAUAAGGACAUUUGUCGUGCUCUGAAUCAGGGGCCUGAGCUCUAUUUGGAUCCAGAAAAUGAGCAGAGUGCCACGUUCUUGUCAAUAAAAAGAAGAUGUAAGAUAGAGCCUCACACAGGUCUUCUGCUCCUUCCAGUUCCUGAGAAGAUAGACUCCUCCAAAUUGGUCUUUGAUGGUGUUCGAAAGCCAGUCACAGCUAAGCAGUUGCUUGACUGCGGUGUCCUUGAUAAGCCAACAUUAAACCAGCUGGAAAAGGGGGAGAAAACUGUUCCAGAGGUGUCUGUAGACAAAAAGGUCACUCUUAAGGGUACUGGACCAAUAGCUGGAGUAUUGGUUGAAGGUCUGAAGGGUCCUGGAUCUAUUUCUGGACGACAGUGCAAAAUGUCCCUUACAGAAGCUAAGAAAAAGAAUCUCCUACCAUCAAAUAUUGCUGACCUGCUACUGGAUGCUCAGGCUGCCACAGGCCACAUCAUCGAUCCUGCAACAAAUCAGAAGUUGACAGUAGAUGAGGCAUGUACUCGAGGUGUAGUGGAUAAGAUGGACCAACAGAGGUUGCUGACAGCAGAAGCUGCUGCUGUGGGAUACCGUAAUGAUGCCUCAGCUACACCCUUAUCAGUAUUUCAGGCCAUGAAAAAAGGACUUAUUGACAAGAACACAACACUGCGUCUGCUGCAGGCCCAGGAGUCUGUGGGAGGCAUUCUGGAUCCCAUUGUUAGUGUGUUCCUCCCUAAAGAGGCUGCCAUUCAGCGUGAUCUAAUUGAUGAGGACAUAUGUCGUGCUCUGAAUCAGGGGCCUGAACUCUAUUUGGAUCCAGAAAGUGAGCAGGGUGCCACUUAUCUGUCAAUGAAGAGAAGAUGUAAGACAGACCCUCUUACAGGCCUUGUUUUUCUUCCUGUUCGUGAGAAGCUGGACCCCUCCAAACUGGUGUUUGAUGGUAUUCGAAAACCAGUCACAGCUAAGCAGUUGCUUGACUGUGGUGUCUUGGACAAGACAACAUUUAACCAGCUGGAAAAGGGGGAGAAAACUGUCCCAGAGGUGUCUGUGGACAAAAAGGUCACUCUGAGGGGGACUGGGUCCAUUGCUGGGGUGAUAGUUGGACAUCAUGGUAAAAUGUCUUUAGCAGAAGCCAAGAAACUGAAUAUCCUUUCCUCAGAUAGUGCAAAUUUAUUACUGGAUGCCCAAGCAGCCACAGGCCAUAUCAUUGACCCCAAAAGUAAUCAAAAGCUGACAGUAGAAGAGGCAUGUAUAAAAGGAGUGGUGGAUAAUGAAGAUCGAGAUAGACUGUUAGUUGCAGAAGCAGCUUCUGUGGGCUACAAGGAUCCCAUCACAGCCAAGCCUCUCUCAGUGUUUGAUGCCAUGAAGAAGGGGCUUGUUGACAGGAAGACUGUGCUACGUCUGCUGCAGGCCCAGGAGUGUACUGGGGGUAUUGUAGAUCCCAUCCUCAGUGUGUUCAUCCCUAAAGACAUAGCUUUGAAGCAUAACCUUUUAGAUGAAAACCUCUUUCAAGCCCUAAACCAGAACCCCCAGUGUUAUCUUGACCCAGAAUCUGAACAGGAUGCCAGCUAUGGAGCUUUGAUGAAAAGAUGUCAGAGAGAGUCUCACACAGGCUUGCUUCUUCUGCCUAUAACUGAGAAGCUAGACCCAUCCAAACUGCUCUUUAAUGGUGUCUGCAAGCAAGUCACAGCACAGCAGUUACGUGAUUGUGGGCUCCUGGAUGAGCCAACAUUUAACCAACUUGUGAGAGGGGAGAAAACUGUCCCAGAAGUGUCUUUGGACAAGAGAGUCUAUCUGAAAGGCACAGGGUCAAUUGCUGGAGUAGCAGCUGGACCUCUAGGAAAAAUGUCUUUAGUGGAGGCAAAGAAAAAGAAAAUCAUGUCUUGUGAUAGUGCUGACCUGCUGCUGGAUGCUCAGGCCGCCACAGGAAACAUUAUCGACCCCAGAACUAAUCAGAAACUGACAGUACAAGAGGCAUGUGCCAAGGGAGUGGUGGAUAAGGAUGAUGAAGAAAGGUUGUUGGCAGCAGAGGCUGCUGCUGUGGGUUAUCGAGACUCAGAGACAGCCAAGCUCCUGUCAGUGGGCCAGGCCAUGAGGAAGGGAUUCAUUGACAGAGACACAGCUGUACGUAUGCUUCAGGCUCAAGAAUCUGUUGGGGGCAUUUUGGACCCUGUGCUCAGUGUGUACCUACCCAAAGACAUGGCUAUGCACCGGAAUCUUAUAGAUGAGGACUUGCACCGGACCUUGAAUCAAUGUCCCCAGUGCUACUUAGACCCAGACACCCAACAAGCAACUAGCUAUGUGUCCCUGAAGAAAAAAUGUAAGGCAGAUCCCAGCACAGGCCUGUUGCUUCUCCCUGCACCAAAAAAGCCAUUGACUGUCCAAGGACUCAGGGACCAGGUGUCAGUCAUUGACCUGGUGGAUGCUAACCUCCUGGAGCAGUCUGAUUUGGACCGACUGAGAGAGGGUAAACUGUCCAGUCGGGACAUUGAGGACCGCCUGCGCUCUUAUCUGAGAGGCUCUACUUGCAUUGCAGGGGUAUAUGAUGAGGCAAAUGAAAAGAUCAUGCCCAUCUAUCAGGCCAUGAAAGAGGGACUGUUGCGGCCUGGAACCACUAUGGAACUACUUGAGGCUCAGGCUGCCUCAGGUUUUGUGGUUGAUCCUAUCAAUAACCUUUACCUGAGUGUCACUGAUGCUUACAAAAAAGGACUCUUUGGGCCAGAGUUCAAGGACAACCUGCUCUCUGCAGAGAGGGCUGUGACUGGUUACAAACUACCUGGUACAGACAAGGUUAUUUCCCUCUUCCAGGCUAUAGAGAAGGGCCUAGUGGAGAAGGGCCAUGGUAUCCGUUUACUAGAGGCCCAAAUUGCCAGUGGUGGUAUCAUUGAUCCUAAACAGAGCCAUCGUAUUGAUGUGGAAGUAGCCUACAAGAGAGGCUACUUUGAUAAGGAGAUAAACAACAUCCUGACUGAUGAAGGGGCUGACACUAAGGGCUUCUUUGAUCCAAACACAGAAGAAAACCUGACCUAUCUAGAGCUUAAGAAACGCUGUAUCACAGAUAAAAAAACGGGCCUUGUCCUGUUGCCCAUCAGAGACCAAAAGACUCAACAACAGUCUACUCAGAAAAACACUCUAAGAAAGAGGAGAGUGGUAAUUGUGGACCCAGACACUAAUAAAGAGAUGACAGUACAGGAAGCAUAUGCCAAGGGGCUUAUUGACUAUGACACCUUCAUGGAGCUAUCAGAGCAAGAGUGUGAGUGGGAAGAAAUAACCAUUACUUCACCAGAUGGUACUUCACGAUUAGUUAUCAAUGAUAAAAAGUCUGGUAAACAGUAUGACAUCAAUGAGCUGCUUCAACAGGGGGUAAUUGAUCAAUUAAUUUUAAGCAAUUAUCUUUCCCGCAGCAUCACUCUUACUCAGUUUGCAGAUAUAAUUACCAGUAAGAGCAAACAGAGAUUGUCAUCAUCAUCAUCAUCAUCAUCAUCAACUACAAGAGCCUCAGCAGACACAGCUCUGUCUUCUAUGGCAUCAUCAUCAGUCUCAUCAGCACCUUCAUCAGCCAGUUUUUCCAAGCUGACCACAACAAAAGUUACCACAGUCUCAGAACACAGCACCACAAUCAGCAGUGAAGCUCAAAAUGUACCUGACUCUCUGAAGCACAUAUCCAGUGUCUCUAUCACUCUGGCCUCCCCUGUUGAAACAGUGGGUGAGCAGGAUCCAGUGGGUGCCAUCUUUGACACAGAGACCCUAGAGAAAAUAUCCAUUUUGGAGGCUCUUAAUCGUGGCCUGGUGGAUUCAAUCACUGCCCAGAGACUGCUAGAGGCCCAGGCCUGCACUGGAGGUAUUGUUAAUCCCAUUAAUGGUCAUAGACUCAGCAUUCAGGAAGCAUCUCGCCAAGGCGUAAUAGAUGAAGACAUGGCCACUAAGCUCAAGCCUGCCCAGAAAGCCUACAUUGGCUUUACGGAUGUAAAAAACAGGAAGAAGUUGUCUGCUGCUCAAGCCAUGAAGGAGAUGUGGCUGCCAUAUGAAGCAGGCCAGAGGUUCAUGGAGUUCCAGGUUUUAACAGGGGGGCUGUAUGACCCAGAACUUGGCUGCAGAAGGACCAUAGAAGAUGCUCUGAAAAUUGGCUGGCUGGAUGGUAGGUCUGCCCAGAAGCUCCAAGACACCAGACACCACACAAAGAUCUUAACAUGCCCAAAGAGCAAACUCAGGAUCUCCUACAAGGAGGCUAUGGAUAAUUGCCUAGUGGAGGAAAAUACUGGAGUAAAAAUGCUUCCGGCAUCCACUGUGUCUUCUAGAGGUAUCAGCAGUCCCUACAACGUCUCUUCUGCACCAGGAUCCAGAACAGGUUCUAGGAGUGGCUCACGGCGGGGCUCCCGUAGGAGCAGUAUAGAUUUAGGUUCCCCCUACUCCUCGCUUACCAGCCGUCAUCUUAGUACCAGUUACAGCCACUCCUACUCCUCCAAAUCCACUUGCUGAUGCAUGACAAAUCGCAUAAGAAGAGGUCCUGCACACUGCUGUUGCCUAACAAAGAAAUCAGUAUUUUGGAUUUACUGGACCUUUGCCAGAAUACACUAAAAGUUCUUAAAAGAAUGAAAGAAUGAAAGAAUGAUGUUGUGUACAGAUAGAUAUACAUGAUUUAAUGUCUUUCUAUGAUAAAAUCCUUUGCGGUGUUGUAGGUUUUAGCUUUAGUUUCGCUGUGCUACUAAUAAAAAGUUUUAGUCUAAAACUAUCUAGUUAAAAAAAAUCUCAAAGACAAGUUUCUGGGGUGUAUGGAAUGAAAAUACAGUGAUAGGUUUAAAACACUUGACUUUACUCUUAAAUUUGGCAUAGAAAUUAGUGCCAUCUUAUUAUGGACGUUUAGCAUAUGUAUGUGUAUUUGAAGUGUGUUUUCCAGAAUCAACAAAGAAAAUAAUUUCAUUAAUUUUUAAGCUUUGCUUUUUUGGUAACAAAAAUGGUGUUAUAUCAUGUUUAUUUGAAAUCUAACAGCCUAUGUGCCUAUUUUUUGCUAGAAGGGAUGUAAGGUAGGGUUGUUUUUGAUGCUUUUUUAUUGCUUAUAGUUGGUUGAACUAUCAUUUUGUACUGUUAGAAAAUGAAUAUGUUGUUAACCAUUUGGUUUUGCAGUUUAUUGCUACCUGUUUUGUAACAGUUUUCCUAUAUCUCAAAAUAAAAAAAAAUAUAUAUAUAUCUUUA